AUGGGCUCCGACAUUAACGCCAAUGGCGGAGCUCACGUCCACCAGGCUCGGAGAAUAUUGCCCUAUUUCUCACAGAGCGUAAACGUGAAGUACGUAAAACUCGGGUAUCAUUAUUUUAUCACACACCUCUUGACUCUCUGUUUGGUCCCUUUUAUGGCGGUCUCUGUCGUCGAGGCUUCCAAGAUGAACCUCGACGAGCUCUGGCUCCACCUCCAGUACAACCUCGCAAGUGUCGUUGUUGUCUCCACUGUCGUCGUUUUUGCUUCCACCGUUUACAUCAUGACCCGCCCCAGAUCGGUCUACCUCAUUGAUUACUCCUGCUAUCAUCCCCCGGCUCAUUUGAAGGUCACGUACGAGAAGUUCAUGAAGCACUCGAGGCUAACCGGCGAUUUCGAAGACUCGUCGUUGGAGUUCCAGCGCAAAAUCAUGGAGAGAUCGGGUCUCGGGGAAGAAACAUAUUGCCCGGAAGCCAUGCACAUGAUUCCUCCGCGUCCAACGAUGGCGAAAGCCCGCGAAGAGGCAGAGCAGGUGAUGUUUGGCGCUUUGGAUAAUCUGUUUGCUAAAACUAAUGUUAAACCAAAAGAUGUUGGGAUUCUUGUGGUGAAUUGUAGCCUUUUUAACCCAACGCCGUCGCUUUCUUCAAUGAUUGUGAAUAAAUAUAAACUUAGGGGGAAUAUUAGAAGUUUUAAUUUGGGAGGCAUGGGGUGUAGUGCCGGGGUUAUAGCCAUUGAUUUGGUCAAAGACAUGUUACAAGUCCAUAGGAAUACUUAUGCUGUUGUUGUUAGCUUCGAGAAUAUUACUCAGAACUGGUACUUUGGGAACAAGAAAUCUAUGUUGAUCCCAAACUGCUUGUUCCGCGUCGGUGGCGCCGCGAUUCUGCUCUCGAACAAGUCGUCGGACAGGCGGCGGGCCAAGUACAAGCUCGUCCAUGUGGUGAGGACUCAUAAGGGGGCUGAUGACAAGGCCUACAAUUGCGUUUUUCAGGAGCAGGACGAUGCCGGGAAAACCGGGGUUUCACUUUCUAAGGAUCUUAUGGCAAUUGCCGGGGGAGCUCUCAAGAGUAAUAUCACCACAUUAGGUCCUCUUGUCCUUCCAAUAAGUGAACAGCUUUUGUUUUUCCUCACUUUGGUUUUGAAGAAGCUUUCGGCCGCGAAAUUGAAGCCUCACAUACCCGAUUUCAAGCUCGCUUUCGACCACUUCUGCAUACACGCGGGCGGGAGAGGCGUGAUUGAUGAGCUGGAGAAGAAUUUGCAGCUUCUUCCCGAGCACGUGGAGGCGUCGAGGAUGACGCUCCAUCGGUUCGGGAACACCUCGUCGAGCUCGAUUUGGUACGAGCUCGCCUACAUUGAGGCGAAAGGGCGGAUGAGGAAGGGGAACAGAAUUUGGCAGAUUGCGUUUGGAAGUGGGUUUAAAUGUAACAGUGCUGUUUGGCAGGCUCUUAGGAAUGUGAAGCCUUCUAGCAAUAGUCCAUGGGCAGAUUGCAUUGAUAUGUAUCCAGUGAAGCUGGAGUGA